AUGUUCAAAACCGGUAUUUCAAGGCUCUUCAAGACUCCAUUGAAACCUGGGUGGUUACAGAAGCGACCAGGCUUCAAUUAUUCUCAACUUAGUUACCGAAGGUUCGAUGGUAACAACCAAAAAAGGACCUUUUGGAACUUACUCACGGAUGCAACGUCAAGGAAGUAUUUAGCAGUGGUCUUGGGGGGUGGAACCUUGUUUUACGUGACACAUUUGGAAGAAGCACCCGUUAGUGGUAGGAAACGGUUUAUAUGGUUACCAAGAUGGAUAGAACUCAAAAUUGGAGCUUAUACUUACAAUUCAAUGCUUCAAGAGACCCGGGGCUCAAUUCUUCCGGCUGCCCAUCCUUUGACGCGAAAUGUCAGUAAAAUAUUCCUAAAAAUCGUCCAGGCGGCUCAAGAAGACCAGGAUAUCAAUCAGGAGUUGAUUCGCGGUGUUAAUUGGGAAGUCCAUAUUGUAAACGAUCCUCGGGCUCCACCGAAUGCGUUUGUUCUUCCUGGAGGCAAAGUCUUCGUUUUUAGUUCGAUUUUGAGUAUCUGUGGAAACGAAGAUGGGCUUGCAACGGUUUUGUCGCAUGAAUUUGCUCACCAACUUGCUCGGCACACUUCUGAAAACUUGUCAAAGGCUCCGAUAUACUCAAUUCUCAGUGGAAUUCUGUAUACAGUAACCGGAGCCGAUAUCUUCAAUAGAUUGAUCCUUGAUGCCUUUUUAAGAAUGCCUGCCUCGCGCCAAAUGGAAUCUGAGGCGGAUUUUAUCGGGCUAAUGAUCAUGUCGCGUGCCUGCUUUCAUCCUGAGGAAUCCGUAAGGCUUUGGCAACGAAUGGCAGAAUUUGAACAGCGAUCCAAAAGACCCGGUAUGUUGAACAUUGAGUUUCUGAGUACCCAUCCUGCCAGUGCCAAAAGAAUUGAAAACAUGAGAGAAUGGCUUCCUAAAGCUGAAGAAAUAUAUGCUCAGUCCGACUGUGGUGUCAUGUCAGGAUACUAUGAUGGUUUCCAAAAGUUCUUCGGGUCACCAUCUUUCGCAUCAAUAUCUUCGUGGGGGUUAUAA